AUGAAACAAGGGAAAGUGUCAAUGGCGAUAAGAGCACUGGCACCAGAUGAAGCAGCGGGGAUCUUGCCCUUAGAUGACACUACACGUAAGGCACUCAGAGACAAGCACCCCCCAGCGAGAGAAGCCGCUCCCGAUACAAUGUACGGAGGAACCUACAUCCCACCACCAGCAGCAAUAUUUGAUAGAAUUACAGGUGAAGAUAUCAGGAAACACGCCCUCCACACAAACGGUGCAGCUGGACCCUCAGGAAUGGAUACCAAAGCCUGGAGGAACAUACCAAGCCAUGCGAGAUACGGUAGUGUUGCGAAUGACCUGUGCAACACGAUUGCAGCCAUGGCAAGAAAAAUGGCAACUGAAACCUGCCAAGAUACAGAGGCCUUCACUGCUUGCCGUCUCAUUGCCCUUGAUAAAAAGCCAGGCUGCCGCCCUAUUGGUGUCGGUGAAGUGCUAAGGCGAAUAGUAGGGAAGGCAAUCAUGGAGGUGACAAAAGACGAUAUUAAGGCUGCAGUAGGAAACCUGCAAGUUUGUGCUGGACAGAAGGCAGGAGGUGAGGCAGCAGUGCAUGCAAUGAGAACCAUAUACAAUGACCCUGACAGUGAUGCAGUGCUACAUACAGGAAAUUCUGACACCAUUGAAUCUGCAGAGGGCACAACCCAAGGCGACCCAGUGGCAAUGGCUAUGUAUGCCAUUGGUCUGUUAAGACUGCAGGACCAUAUAAGCCAUGAAAAAACGCAGGUGAAACAAGUGGCCUAUGCAGAUGACCUGGCAGGUGCAGGCAAAAUAAAUGACCUGAGGAAAUGGUGGGACCUGAUUCAACGACAUGGACCACCAAAAGGCUACCAUCCAAAUGCCCAGAAAUCCAUAUUAAUUGUAAAACCCGGAAACAUUGAAAAAACAAAAGAAUGUUUUGGAAACUUGGAGAUACAAAUUAAUGCAGAUGGAGAGAAGUAUCUUGGAGCUGUCCUAGGAACUGAACAAACAAAAGAAACUUUUGAGAAAUCCAGAGUAGAAGGAUGGAUAGGGGAGAUGAAACGGUUAGCUAACAUCGCAAAAGAAGAACCACAUGCUGCUUAUACCGCAUUCACCUUUGGCUUAAAGCACAAGUGGAAAUAUCUGAUGAGAGCAGUACCAAACAUAAGACACCUCCUACAGCCCAUAGAAGACACCAUCAAGAGGGAUUUCAUCCCAGCCCUCUCAGGUGGGCGAAACUCUACAGAUUUAGAGAGGGCCAUCCUGGAGCUGCCGCCAAGAAUGGGAGGCAUGGGAAUCACCAACCCAUGCAAAAUAUCAGACACGGAGCACCGGAACUCUGUUCGACUAACAGGCCAUUUGACGCAGCAUAUAGUAAGCCAGAUCAGACAAGGGGAAAUAAACGAGGCAGAGCAGAAAAAAAUGAUAUUAGAAAUAACGAAGACUAGGGAAGAAAACCAAAAAGCUGAAUUAGAGAAUCUAUUAUCACAGCUAUCAGAGGACCAGCAGAGAAGAAUGCAGAUGGCACAGGAAGUGGGGGCAUCCAACUGGCUCACGGCACUACCUAUUAAAGCCAAAGGUUUUAGCCUAAACAAACAAGAAUUUGUUGAUGCCUUGGCUUUAAGGUAUGGCUGGCAUAUGGAUGGACUUCCACAAUCCUGCUCGUGUGGCUCCCCCUUCAACACAAAUCACGCCAUGACUUGUAAGACGGGAGGAUUUGUCGUCAUACGGCAUGAUGAAGUCAGGGACCUCACUGCCCAAAUGCUCAGGGAAGUCUGCCAUGACGUGAGGGUGGAACCAGAUCUUCUGCCGACUGGAAGAAGAAGCUUCACCCUGAGAUCGGUAAACACCGCAGAGGAUGCUCGCCUAAACAUCAGCGCCAGAGGAUUUUGGGCCCGAGGCCAGAGAGCAUUCUUCGAUGUAAGGAUCUUUAAUCCUAUGGCGCAGAGCAACAGGGACCAGGAUCUACAUGCCGCCCACGGAAAACGACAAGAUCCGAGAAUAUGGAGAACGAAUAGAAGAAGUGGAACAAGGGACUUUCACGCCCCUUGUAUUCACGACCACAGGAGGAAUGGCACCAAGGACUGUUCCGACAAGCCACCGUGGUAUGCCACAGCCUUGUCCAGGCUAAUCUUGGAGCAGUUCGGGACCAGGGAGCGCUGUACAGCUCGGGCCAUUAACUAUGCAUGGCUCCGCGUCGGUGUUACUUACGCGUGGCUUAGUGCAGCUCACCUCUCCGAAGCGUGA